UAAACCGAGGGAAUUCCAAAACCAUAAACCCUGAAACGGAACUAGUAAGGACAUUGUUUGGAACCGUUGAAGAGCACAAGGAUGUGUACCCUCGAACCCGACGUCGUUGCCGUCCGCGGCUACGAGCUACGCCUCAUUCGCUGUACCCUCAGCCCUUCACAGCCGUCGGAUCUCCGCCACGAUGGAGAAUCCUUGGAUGGCCUCAUCAACGACCUCUUGAACUCCGUCGAGCGCGGCAGCUACGUUGAAGCACUCACCUCCGGACCCUCAUCCACUGUCUUCCAACUAGGCGGCCAUGACUCGCUUCCACUCGACGACGCUGACCGGUUCUACUCAGAGUUGGUCCACCGCGCUGAGUCCUUCAUCACAGACGCCGCCUCCAACGGCGCCGAGCAGCGUCGCAGGGCAAUGAUUGUUAUGUGCCUCGCGGUUGCCGCUUUUCUAGGGUUCACUCAAGCAAACUUCACAGGGCCUUUGAAAGGAACAGAGCUACCGAAAUGUCCUAUAUGUUUGGAUGGUAGUGAUGAAUGGGAAAAUUGGGCGCGGAAUCAGCUUAUGUCUGCUGGUUCUGACUUGCUUGGGAAGUUCUCGAAUCUUCAGUAUAUAGUUUUUUCCAAGAUGUUGCUUAUGCGGAUGAAGGAUUUACGCGUUGAGAUUGGAAGCCUGUCAUGGUGGAUUGCGAGGGUUUUGCUUCUUCAACAGAGAGUUUUGAAUGAGCGCUCUUCGUCCUUGUCCGACCUCUUGCAUGUCUACAUGAGUGAAGCUUUGCAACAAUUCGGCACUUCGGAGCUAGUUCGGAGUUACUGGGAGGAUAGUUUACGCAGUAGCGAGAGCUUGGAUAUUGUCUCCAUGCUUCAAUUAGAGGCCGGCAUUAUAGAAUAUAGAUAUGGACGAGUUGACUCUUGCAGGAUGCAUUUUGAGUUAGCUGAGAUGGCUGCUGGGCUUCAGCUUUCAGUUACUGGGGUACUGGGUUUCCGUUCUGUACAUCAGGCAGAGCCUAAGGCGCAGAUGGUACUUGUUACGAACACAAGUACAUCAAAUGUGGAUAGCUUAACAGGUACGGGUAUUCAAACAUGUGAUUCCAGCAAUGGUGAAGGUAACUGGAAUUUGCAUCAGUUUGAAACCUCUGAGGCAUCUGACAUACUCAGAAUUCCAAAGUUGUUAGAAAAUGAUGACUCUAGAGCUAAGUCACAAGGCGUGGAAAAUGGUGCCCAUGUUACUCCAAGUUUGACAGCAACACAACAAGCUGUAAUUCUGGCAUACUGUCUUCUAAUAGAGAAGAGCUCCCGACAUGAUGAAUUGCAACGAUGGGAUAUGGCACCUUACAUCGAGGCAAUUGAUUCCCAACAUUCUUUUUACUUCAUUAUACGGUGUUUAUGUGAUACUUUACGUAUUCGGUGGGAGUCAUCUCGGAGCCGAACUAAGGAGCGUGCCUUAUUGAUGAUGGAUAACUUGGUUAAACGUAUACAUGAUUCUUCUCCAUCAAUAGUUGAAAGAAUUCCUUUCAGUUAUGCUGUUUAUAUGCCUAGUAUUCCUGCAUUAAGGAAGGAAUAUGGUUUACUUUUGGUGCGAUGCGGUUUGAUAGGGGAGGCAAUGAAGGAGUUUGAAGAUUUAGAAUUAUGGGAUAAUCUUAUAUACUGCUACAGUCUGUUGGAGAAGAAAGCAAGUGCUGUUGAACUUAUACGGAAAUGUCUCUCAGAAAGACCAAAUGAUCCCAGGUUAUGGUGCUCCCUGGGUGACACUACUGCUAAUGAUGCAUACUAUGAAAAAGCACUGGAAGUUUCAAAUAAUAGGUCUGCUAGAGCGAAGUGUUCUCUAGCUCGCAGUGCAUACUGCAGAGGAGACUAUGUGACAUCUAAAAUUUUGUGGGAGUCUGCAAUGUCAAUGAACUCUAUGUAUCCUGAUGGUUGGUUUUCAUUUGGGGCUGCUGCAUUGAAGGCUCAGGAUAAAGAAAAGGCCCUGGAUGCAUUUACUCGUGCUGUUCAACUUGAUCCUGAAAAUGGUGAAGCUUGGAAUAAUAUUGCAGGCUUGCAUAUGAUCAAGAAAAAGAACAAGGAGGCCUUCAUUGCAUUUAAGGAAGCCUUGAAAUUCAAGCGAAACAGCUGGCAAAUGUGGGAGAACUACGGCUUUGUUGCUGUUGACAUUGGCAAUAUCAGUCAGGCACUGGAAGCAGUACAGAUGAUUUUGCACAUGACCAAUAAUAAGGUAGUAGAUUCUGAAUUAUUGGAAAGAAUCACAACGGAGGUUGAAAAGCGGGUUUCAAUGAGCAAUGUGCCUCCUUUGAUAACUGAAAAUGAGCCUAAAGCAGAUCAAUUCUGCGUUGUGGAUUCCGGAUCAGAAUAUCAAGAGCAAGUAUCUGUUGCAGGAAAAUCACGUGAAACUGAACAGUUAUUUUUAUUACUUGGAAAAGUUUUACAGCAGAUAGUUAAAAGUGGGAGCGGAUGUGGACCUGAUAUCUGGGGCUUAUAUGCCAAAUGGCACAGAAUUAAUGGAGAUCUCACUAUGUGUUCUGAAGCCCUAUUAAAGCAAGUUAGGUCACUCCAGGGAUCUGAUACAUGGAAGGACCGAGAUCGCUUCAAAAUGUUUGCAAAAGCAUCUUUGGCGCUUUGCCAGGUGUACGUGGAAAUUUCUUCAUCUACUGGUAGUAUUAAACAAUUGUCUACGGCGGAGAUGCACUUGAAGAAUGUCAUCAGACAGGCUGAGAGCUUUUCUGAUACGGACGAGUUCAGGGAUCUUCAAGCUUGCUACGAUGAAGUGAAAAUUAAACUCCAAUCCAACUCAAUGCGUGGCUAAAAUCUUGUUGGAAGGUAUCGUUUCAUUUAUCAUGCAAGUUCUAAUCCAAAGAUUUGACCUGACGUCAUCUUUAUUGGAGCUGAUAGCUUUUUAAUUUUAUAUUAAUUCUUUAAUGAAAGCGCAAUUUUUCUUAUCCCCUCACCGCAUGGCCAAAUUACGUAAUUUACAUGGAAUUGCUGUUUGCUGUUUCAA